AUGUCCUCCUUGCUUUUGCUUGGAGUUGCCGUCAUGAACAAGGAACAACGGCUACGCGAAGAGGCACAACGGCGACACGAACAAGAACUACGGCGACGCGAAGAGGCGGAAAAGACUGCUGCGGCCUCGCAACCACAGCCCCUUCAGCAAUAUCUUGAGGCCUGUCACUCUCUUGACCGUACCAUUCAGGUUAUAACCGACCGCUCUUUAUCCACCCAAGGUGACGCCACCAACCCGACCGGCCGAAUAUACCCCCGACGAAUCGUUCCCUGGGUCGACUUCGCAGCGAAGCAAGAGGACACUUGGAACAAGCUCGCGAUUAGCAACACAUUCUCUUCCCAGCCCGCCUUUCCAUCCCCACAUCAACUAGACUACGUUCGGUCGUUCCUUACGCCCAUCAGCAGCGAGCUGGGGCUCCGAGACUUCGAGCGUGACGUUGUCGAGCAUGCGGUUCAGAGGCUGAUGGAGAGGACACAUCAAGACCCCCUGUUGCGAAGACACCUUCGCCUCCAGGGGACUGUGACGUUUGAAAGCCAUACAAACCCGGGUGUCGAUGACAUCUCUACGUCCCUGGAAGAAAUGUCUCUUGGCCAGGAUGGGGUCAACCCAAAUACGUCGGCAUCGGCGGCUGCCCCUCGACCCUCUGCAGCCACCAGGGGCCGUCGCAGGGUCAGGGGAAAAGGCAACCGGGCAGACCAGUUCUGCAUAUACAGGACAUCGGACGGACGAAAUGUUCCUGCACUCGCCAUUGAAUACAAAGCUCCACACAAGUUGAGCGUCGACGAGCUCGCCACGGGACUCGAAUCAGAAAUCCAGCCUGAUCGCGACGUGAUAAACCAGGAUGGGGAAGGCUUCGUCUUCAGUGCGAAAGCACUAGCCGCAGCCGUGGUCACGCAGCUCUUUUCCUACAUGGUCGGCAAGGGCAUCCAGUAUGGAUACGUGUGUACGGGCCAGGCAUUUGUGUUCUUGCAUAUCCCGAACGACCCCUCUAUCGUCUACUAUUCGGUAUGCGUGCCGAGUAUGGAUGUCAUGGAUGACGAUGAGACCAGGCUACACCGCACAGCCGUCGCGCAGGUCUUCGCUUUCAUUGUCCGCGCCGUCCAAGCUACCCCACCACCUACUUCGUGGCAUGACGAAGCGGCGAAGCUAGAGCUGUGGGCCAUCGAGUACGAAGAUAUUCUCAAGAAGAUCCCUGAGAGCGACCGCAAAGGCAAGGAACGUCGGGCCACUCCCUACAAACCUCAGCGGUGGAAGGGUUUUACGCGAUCGCCAAUCCUGACGCGGUCCCGUUGUCUAGAAACCGACGCGUCCGCUCCUGACGAGAGCGAUGAUGAAGGGCCUCCUUCCCCCUCCCCUAGCCCUUCCCACCCUGUGAAGCAGCUACCGCCGUCGGCAGGGGCAGGUCCGAAAGGCGGUCGUGAGAAAGCCAAACGGGGACAACGGCGAGGCCAAUCAGGGGCGCAGAAAGAAGAGAGCCAAUCCAUGUGCCUCAGCAGAACAAGCAUCCGCGAUGGUCCAUUCUGCACGCAACAGUGUCUCCUGGGCCUUGCGUAUGGGGAACCAGUAGACAGGCAAUGCCCCAACGCUAUUCAGCACGGGUUGGAACACAUCAGCCGGCUCGCUUUUCUCCGCCUCAUGAAAAACCAACUCGAGACGGACCGCGGCAGUGACGCAGACUGCAUACCACUCCAUCUAUCCGGCUCGCGUGGGACGCUGUUCAAGCUACGGCUGUCGAGCCACGGAUAUACGCUCGUCGCCAAGGGCGUAGAGAGUCUCGACAGGAAGUGUCUCCAACACGAAAGCGACAUCUAUGACCAACUCCAGGCCAUUCAAGGAAAGCACAUCCCUGUAUGCCUAGGCAUAGUGGAUCUGGACUUGCCACAAUACUAUGACAGCGGGGUCUACACCCAUUUACUGUUUCUUUCCUGGGCUGGACAGCCGUUGUUCGACGGUGACCAAGCCCAAAUGCCUGGCGUGGCCGAGAAGGUUGACAUGAUCCUCGAGCAGAUGCAUAAGUUGGGCGUAUUGCACCGUGAUGCAGAUCCUCGCAAUAUGCUGUGGGACCCUGUGAGCGGCAAUGUGAUGGCCGUGGAUUUCGAGCGUGCGGAGUCUUGCCGUCGCCCGGUACUCGAGAGGGUAGCCCCUAAUGGGCAGACAAAGAAACGGAAACGUGGGAAACCACGUCAAAGCAAGGACGACUUCACGAGAGAGAGAGAAUGGGCCGUUGCACAAGUCUCUCGAUACCUCAUCCACUUGCCAAGCCGCGCCGACGGAGUGCACACGGGAGCAGCCUGA